GCCAUGGUCUCACAAAUUUCAAUACUCCUUCUGCUAUUGCUAUGUGCACCCACGUUCCACAGUACUGGCACCAAUUUGCAGCCUCGUUGCAACGAAAAGGAUCGAUCCUCACUGCAGAUAUUCAAACGUGGUGUUGUGAACCAUUCCAACAAGCUCCCCUCUUGGUCCACUGAUCAAGAUUGCUGUGCAUGGAAGGGUGUCCACUGUGACAACACCACAGGCAGAGUCACAAGACUUGACCUAAAGCAGCAAUACUUGGAAGGUGAUAUCGACUUGUCUUUGUUUCAAAUUCAAUUCUUGAGCUACUUGGACUUGAGCUUGAAUGGCUUUACAACUUUAACUGCACCUUAUGACACACAUGCUACCUUCUCCUAUCUUCACUUUCUUGACUUAUCCUUUAAUGAUGAUCUUCAUGUGGAUAAUCUCCUUUGGCUUUCUCAACUUUCCUCCUUGAAAUAUCUCAACCUUAGCCAAAUCAAUCUUCAAAACCAAACCAACUGGCUUCACUCCAUGGCAUUGCAUCCAUCACUGUUAGAGCUAAGGUUGGCAAGUUCUCAUCUUACCAAUAUCAAUAUCAUCCCACCCAUGAAGUGUGUCAAUUUUUCUUCACUCUUAACUCUUGACCUCUCUGGAAACCAUUUUCUCUCAGAAUUGCCUUCUUGGCUGUUCAACCUCACCAGUGUCUCUCAUAUUGAUCUUAGCUUCAAUUUUAUACAUGGUCCAUUGCCUAAGAGCUUGUUGAGCCUUAGAAACCUUAAAUCUUUAAGGCUGAAUAACAAUGAACUCGAUGGAUCCAUCCCUGAAUGGAUAGGUCAACAUGAACAUUUGCAAUAUCUUGGUUUAGUUGAUAACAUGUUUCAUGGUUCAAUCCCUUCAUCAAUAGGAAACCUCUCAUCUUUGAUUGAAUUGGAAAUCAGCUCCAAUUCAUUGAGUGGUAAUCUUCCAACCAGCUUUGGAAAGCUCUUUAAUUUAAGAAGUUUGACCAUUGGAGGUGACUCCUUGUCAGGAGUUCUACACGAAAACCAUUUCUCCAAUCUCUCUAAUUUAGAAGCACUGGUGUUGAGUGCUCCUUUUUCAUUUGACUUGGCUUCUGACUGGAUGCCACCUUUCCAGUUGAAGGGCAUAAGUUUGAAAAAUGCAAAUCUAGGUCCUAAAUUUCCAGAAUGGAUAUACACACAAAACUCACUAGUGUAUCUAGAGGUUCCCAACUCAAAUAUCUCAUCCAUAAACAGUGACAUGUUUUGGAGGUUAGUAUCUAAUAUUACACAGCUCAACCUGUCCAAGAACAGAAUCUCGGCAGACUUAACAAACAUCACACUAAACACUGAGCUCAUGUUUAUGGACAAUAAUAAUUUCACAGGAGAGCUCCCACAUAUAACAACGAAUGUUGUCUAUUUGGACUUGUCUCACAAUUCUUUCUAUGGACCCAUUUCCCCUUUGUUCUGCCAUAAUUUGGGUAGGGAAAAUAGUUUGGACUAUUUGGACAUAUCAUCCAAUCUUUUAACUGGAGGAGUUCCUGAUUGUUGGGAGUAUUGGAAAGGUCUGUCUUUCCUUUUCAUGGAGAGCAACAUGCUAACAGGUGAAGUCCCUCCAUCAAUGGGCUCAUUUGUUGAUCUCAUAGCACUGGAUUUGCAUAACAACAGCUUGGCUGGCAAUUUUUCAUUGGACCUAUCAAACAUAACAAACUUGGAAUUCAUCAAUAUCAAAGACAACAAUUUUUCUGGAACUGUACCAACAAAGAUGCCACAUAGUAUGGAAGUGAUGCUAUUGGGUUCUAACCAAUUUGAAGGCAACAUUCCACCCAAGAUAUGCAAUCUCUCUUCACUGAUUCAGUUGGAUCUUUACCACAACAAACUUUCAGGUUCUAUUCCUCCAUGCAUCAGUGACAUUCCAAGCAUGGGUGGAGCACAACGAACAAGUCACUACCCAUUUGAGUUCAAUUUGUACAACAAAGGCCUAGAGUUAGAGUACGAAGACUAUGGAUUGCUGAGAACACUUGACCUUUCAUUUAACAACUUGUCAGGGGAAAUCCCUCCACAAGUUUUCAAUCUUGUUCAAUUACAGUCCUUGAACUUGUCAAGAAAUCAUUUCACAGGAGAGAUAUCAAGGGACAUUGGGAGCAUGAAGAAUUUGGAAUCUCUUGAUCUAUCAAGCAACAAACUUCAUGGGGAAAUUCCUGUUUCCAUUUCCUCUUUGUCUUUCUUGAGCUUCUUGAAUCUGUCAUACAAUGAUUUCACUGGACAGAUCCCAGUUGGAACUCAGCUUCAGAGUUUCAAUGCUGCAAACUUUGCUGGGAAUCCUGGACUUUGUGGAGCUCCUCUACCUUUUAACUGCACUAAAGAAAGUGUUAGUGUUGAUGUGACAAAUCAACAUGGUGGAAGCAACGAUGAUGGCUUUGAAACUGAGUCACUUUACCUUGGAAUGGGUGUCGGUUUUGCAGUGGGAUUUUGGGGGCUUUGUGGUUCUAUAUUCCUCAACAGGACAUGGAGACAUGCUUAUAUUCGGUUCCUUAAUCAUGUUGCAGACCAACUUCAUGUGUUUGUAGUUGUGGUGAUCAACAGGUUUAGUGGCACACGGGCAAGCUCUAACUGAGCAUGAAUUUGCAGGAAAGCUAAAGGAAAAGAAGUGGAAAGGAAACAGCUCUCACCUAUAUGUACCAUGUAGCUGUGGUAUUAAGUAUUGAAUUGACAAUGUAAUUAAAUAAAAUAUCACUAGAUUUUGAACUUCUUAAGGAAAGGCCUACAAAUAGGCCCCAGGUACUUUUUGUUGGAUCCUUGUUUACAUAAAUUUAAUGACUUCCGUUUUCUGAUA